AUGGUUAGGCAAUUAGUGAUCGUGGUGGUAGAGUGCAAGCAUAGUGUCGUUAAUCGUUGUUUUACCUGGAUUGGAAAUUUAAUAGUAAAAUCCAAUCCAAUUGGAUCAACUCGAUCUAAUCCAAAUCAGAUUUUUAUUGGCGUUUUCGAAAUUAUUGAAAUUGAUGUCGAUCAUGUGAUGGCGAUCGAUUUUUUUAA